AUGGAUCCAGUGGAAUUUCAUGCAUCAAAUUUAAUAAAUCAAAGUUUUGGAUUGUGCAUUAGUCCUCAAGAUUUAAUAUAUUCUUAUUACAACUAUCCCAACAUCAACUAUUACAGGCCUUGGAGAUUGUUAAAGCAAAAAACAACAGAUUUCGGAUCGACAGUUUCUAAUGAAAAAGAAUUUAAAAUAUGCUUGGAUGUUCAGCAUUUCCAACUAAGCGAAAUAUGCGUAAAAGUAGCUGGUAAUGAAAUAAUAAUAGAAGGCAAACAUGAAGAGAAGAGAGAUGACCAUGGUUUCAUAUCAAGAGCUUUCAAGAGAAGAUAUCUGUUGCCAAAAGACUGUGAUGCCGAUACUGUUGUCUCAACACUGUCCUCAGAUGGUGUCCUCGUAGUUACCGCAAGUAAGGUUGAUCUAAAGAGCAAGGAAAUAGUUGUUCCAGUAAAUUUAUGUACUAAAUGUCCAAAUAAGGAUGAUAUAAAAUCCGAAACUGAUACAGUAUUUAAAUCUGGAGAUAAUAGAUCUACUUUUAGUACAUCAGAACACAAAAACGUGGCAGAAGAACGUACAGAAGUUAAAACAAUUGACAAUGAGGCAAAUAAAAAGAUAUCAACCCUAACGUUAAGAGAAGAUCAUUGUCGUUUGUUAAAACCUGAAUUAUUGGCUGAAGCUGCUACAAAAGCUGCAAAAAUAGAUGUAUCUAGUAUGGUUUUUACAAAUACAGAAAAAUUAAAUAAAUCUAUAGAUGAAGUAGGAAAAAAAUCUACUGAAUUUAGCAAGCAAACAGGGGAAGAAAUAUGUGAAAUAUCUGAAAAAGCUGGUACUACAAAGCUUCAGACAAUGGAAAGUACUGCAGGAACAAGUUCAGUUAAAUCAGAAUUACAUUGUAUUAAAAAUUUACUAAGUGAGACAAUAGAGCUGCAGCAAUCAUCAUCAUCAUAUUUGUCCUCUACAUCAUCAAGCAUUAAAGAAACAUCUGAAAAGUUAAGUGAAAUAGUGAGUGACAUUAGUGCUCAACUUAGAGAAGCAGCAGAUAAUAUUUAA